UUGAUCUGAUAUCGUUUCGAGAAUUAAACAUUUGCUUUGAAUUAUGGUCAGGAAUUUCGUGUGUUUUGGUGGAUAGGUAGAGGGUUGCAUUCACUAUAUUCAAAUUGUAUUCGGUGUGUACAGAAGAAUUAGUUUACUAGCAAAGAAAACAAAGUUGAAUUACCAGAAAGAGGAUAACGAAAAAUGGGUACGGAGCAAAAUGCUAGUAGUUCCCUGCAAGUUUUCUGCAUUGGAACGGCCGAUACGAAGCUUGAGGAGCUCCGAUUCCUCUCCGAAGCUGUCCGAUCCAGUCUCAGUAGCUUCUCCAGUAACUCUUCAACCAAGGUGGAUGUCACAGUGGUGGAUGUCUCAACCAGUAGUCAGAAGGAGGCUGAUAGCUGUGGAGAUUUUAAUUUUGUAUCAAGAAAGGAUGUUCUUUCCUUCUAUUCUGGGACAGGGGAAAAACACUCUGUUCAGCUUCCGGAUGAUAGGGGCAAAGCUAUUGCAAUCAUGAAUAAAGGGCUUGAGAAUUUCCUCAAUAAAGUUCAUAGUGAUAAGGUUCUUGCUGGAGUUGUUGGCCUAGGAGGCAGUGGAGGGACGUCUUUGUUGUCAUCUGCUUUCCGCUCUCUUCCGAUUGGAAUCCCCAAACUGAUCGUGUCGACUGUGGCUAGUGGUCAAACGGAGCACUAUGUUGGAGCAUCAGACUUGGUAUUGUUUCCUUCAGUAGUGGAUGUUUGUGGGAUUAACAGUGUUAGCAGGGUUGUUCUAUCCAAUGCUGGUGCAGCAUUUGCUGGUAUGGUGGUUGCAAGACUCCAGAGCUCCAAGCAAUCCCCUACUGUUGAUGAUAAGGUUACUGUUGGGAUUACAAUGUUUGGGGUUACUACGCCAUGUGUUAAUGCAGUUAAAGAAAGAUUGACUAAGGAAGGAUAUGAGACCUUGGUUUUUCAUGCAACUGGAGUUGGUGGUAAGGCCAUGGAGGAUCUGGUUAAAGGAGGAUUUAUACAGGGUGUAUUGGACAUCACUACGACUGAAGUUGCAGAUUACCUUGUUGGAGGUGUUAUGGCGUGUGAUAGUUCUCGCUUUGAUGCAAUAUUAGAGAAGAAGGUUCCUUUAGUUCUAAGUGUGGGAGCCUUGGAUAUGGUAAAUUUUGGUCCCAAAAGUUCCAUACCUUCUGAUUUUCAGCAAAGGAAGAUUCAUGUGCAUAAUGAGCAGGUUUCUCUUAUGCGAACUACUGCAGAUGAAAAUAAGAAAUUUGCUGCAUUUAUAGCGGAGAAGUUGAAUAAAUCAUCAUCUAAGGUAUGUGUUUGCUUGCCAGAGAAAGGUAUCUCUUCUUUGGAUGCCCCAGGGAAAGCAUUUUAUGAUCCUGAGGCAAGUGGAUGCCUUGUUAAAGAGCUACAAAGGCUUAUUCAGAUUAAUGAAGACCGUCAGGUUAAAAGUUUUCCUUAUCAUAUUAAUGACCUGGAGUUUGCAAAUGCAUUGGUUGAUUCCUUCUUAGAUAUAUGUUCAAAACCUAAAGCUGUAGAUACUCACCAAGCUAGCAAUGAAUCCAUCGAAGAAGAUAAUCAGACAAAGCUCCCAAGCGGUGAAAGUCUUCAUUCAUGCCCAAGUGACUUCCCUGAUGCAAAACCAGUCAAAAUGUUUGGUAAUUAUAAUCAAUUGAAUACCAACGAUCGGGGUUGGGCGAUGGGAGAACAACUAAUUAGGUCCAUGAUUCAGUACAAUCAAAUGGUUGUUGGAAUGCGAUGGAGUUUUUCUGACCGAAGAAAAAAGAGAAGGUAUUUUGAUAGGGAUCAUGAUGCGGGACACACUCGCCUAGUUAAUGAUUACUUUUCUGAUGAUCCGAUAUAUCCAGAAGAUAUGUUUCGAAGACGAUUUCGGAUGCGAAAACAGUUAGUCCUGCGUAUAGUGGAUGCCUUGCAAAGUCGGUCUGAUUAUUUUCAACAAAAAGCCAACGCAUCCAACAAAAAAGGUUUAUCACCACUUCAGAAAUGCACUUCAGCUAUUUAUCAAUUAGCAUAUGGAUCACCUGCCGACCCAAUGGAUGAAUACCUAUGCAUGGGUGAAUCAACUGCCAUUGAGUGUGUAAUCAACUUUUGUCGGUGUGUCAUUGAAGUUUUUGGAGGCGAAUACUUGAGAAGACCGAGCGCAACUGACAUCAAGCGCUUGCUUCACAUGCAUGAACAGAGGCACGGCUUCCCAGGGAUGUUGGGGAGUCUUGAUUGCAUGCAUUGGGAAUGGAAAAAUUGCCCAGCAGCUUGGAAGGGCCAGUUUACACGAGGUGAUAAUGGAGUUCCAACAAUUGUACUUGAAGCAGUCGUGUCUGCAGAUUUAUGGAUAUGGCAUUCAUUUUUCGGCGUCGCAGGAUCACAUAACGAUAUCAGUGUGCUUAAUGAGUCACCUUUAUUUAAUGUUGUCUUGCAAGGAAAUGCACCGGAUGGUUAUUUUACUGUAAACAACAGACAAUAUACAAAAGGGUACUUUCUUACAGACAGCAUCUAUCCGAAAUGGUCAACGUUCGUGAAGAGUUUUUUGUGCCCAGUGGACCCGAAGAAAAAGAAGUUUAAGGAAAGACAAGAGGCGACAAGAAAGGAUGUCGAGCGGGCAUUUGAGGUUCUUCAAUCUCGUUGGGGAAUGAUUAGAGGUCCAGGGCGUUUGUCGUAUAGGGAAAACUUGAAAGAAAUAAUAUAUACUUGCAUUAUUUUGCAUAACAUGAUUGUUGAGGAUGAAGGAGAUGCCAUAGCCAAUUGGGUGGAUGAUAUGGGUGGUGCGCUAGCACCAGCGUCUCAAGGCUCAACCCAAGAAUUUCAAGAAUACCUUCAUAGAUAUUCCAAUUUAUGUGAUUCUCAAGUACAUCAUCAACUUCGGGCUGACUUGGUUGAACACAUAUGGGCAAAUAAUUAAUUUAAAUUUUAUUUUAGAGAUGUAAAUGCUUAUUUAUGUGAUAUUAUAGUAAAUUUUGACAGGGAGAUAGUGUAUUGGAGAUAGAUGAGAUACUGUGUGUUGAUGUGGAGUGAGUGGACCUCACAAAUAUGCACAUACAUUGUACUGUAGAUGCCCUUAGGUUCUCUGAUGCAUUCUACCCAGUGUUAUUGCGAGUAUGAUGGAAAACUUUGAGCGAGAUAUGGAUUUACCAACAUUGGCAA